CCCAUCUCUCUAACCAGGUGUUAGCUGUGUCUGUUACAAUCCAGACAUGAACAUCUGCUGUGCCGGGAAACUGUCCAGAAGGGUGUUUGGGAAAAACCUGUGCUGUGGUACAACUCCGUAUGGUGUAGAGGACCGAGGGGUGCUGUGCUGUAACCAGACCUUGCACCAUGAGGUGGAGGAUGGGUACCAGUGCUCCCCAGGUGGUCACUUGUAUCUGCCAUCCCGUGACAUGGUGUGUGGCUCACGCGUUCAUCUCAACGAUCCAGGCAAACACUGCUGUGAGGAGGAGACAUACUACCCUCAGUAUGAAAUCUGCUGCAACGGACACAAACACAACAGGUUGGGAAACAUGUCCUGCUGUGGAGGGAAGGUGUACAACCCCAGCAGCAGCCAGAUGAAGUGCUGUGCAGGGACUCUGUACGACCUGCAGGUUCAGGGCAGACUCUCAGGUGAGGCCCAGUGCUGUGGGAGUGUCCUGAUGGAGGCCGGCUCCACCCAGACCUGCUGUUCUGCCCCAGGGCUAGACCUGCUCUACCCUACCCAGCCAGGGUUCACCUGCUGUGGGCACCGCUAUCCCAAUGCCUCCCUGUGGUCUUGCUGCGCCGGGGUCCUGCACCCAAGGCCUGAACCACACAACACCACCAAGAACGUGAUUCCAGGACCCAGGCUUCUACCACUGGGGGAUCUGAAGACUGAAGUCCUGUGUCACAGCAGAGGUCUGCUGGGGACAGUGGAGAGUGUGUCCGUGAAGAUGAACAAGCGGUCCAUCGGGAUGGUAAACGCCUUGUCUUUGCUUGCCUCGCAUGGCCAUUUCAAAGCCAUGGCUUCCCCUCACUACCUCACAUUACCCGACCACUGCAGCUCCCCUGAACUGGUGCCGGGCAACACUUACAUCUGGGUGAAAAAUCCUUUCUCCGACACCAUAAGUUUAAUCUCUGAUCUCAGCGAUCAUUCCUCCCCUCUUCAUUCCAUCCUUUCCAGGUGCUCAACCUUUAUCCAGCCUAGAAGAAAGAGAAGGCGAACCAUCUCAACAGAAAAUUAAUUAUGGGUUUUGACAUAGACUAUUGUACAGAAAUCUGUUAUCUGACGAUAAGCUUAAAACUAGCAUCUUUAUGAUCUCUAGUGAGCCAUAUCUCAGGAUAAGUCAUAUUUUGUCUGUCUGGGUAGUGGUUUUCUGUAAUAUUAUCACAAAAGACUGACUACAUGUUUUGUUGCAAUCUGUAAUUGGUGCAUCCAUAUUUUUGGACUUCUAAAUUAAUUAUAUCUACAUAUUGUUUAUUAAAAAAUAAAUAAUUUGUCUCAUGGGCUUAGUUCAAAUGUCGUACAUCGUCAGAACCCAAAAUAGGCUUGUUUUACUAUGUAAACAAUGUAUACUGAACAAAAAUAUAAACAACCAUUUCAAAUAUGUUACAUUGCAUCAGUUAAUUACAUUCAAUUAUUUCGAUCUUUCGUUAGGGCUUCACAAUACAGGGAAUACAGAUAUGCAUCUGUUGGUCACAGAUACCGUCAUA